ACGCAGACUUCCUACCUACACUUGGUUUUGUAGUGGCAUUAGUAAUUUGGUUGCGUCCAGCAAAAGUACUGGUAGUUUUUUAUUCACCCGAUGAUGAAAGGGGAGGCAAAGUCAGAGUCAGAGCCUUAGUGCAAUCUACUCAUUUUUCUAGAGCGAGAACCGAAAUCCAGGGAGAGGAAAAAACAUGGGCGGAGAGAGAAUCCCCUCUGCAGAAGAAGAAUCCUCUCCGGAGGAAACAUCGACUUUUCUCGAGAAUGAUGCCCAUCAAAGGAGGAGAAGCCUUGUUUAUUCUCAAAUUUUACAGAGUUACGAUGAUGUGAGAAUUCGUACCAACGCUUUGGAAAAGGCCAAGAGUAGAAUCUUGAGCUAUACGCCUGGCGCAUGGAUUGAGAUGUCUGGUGGCAUGAAAUUUAGUGACUACAAUGUGCCAGAGACAACAUCUCUCAUACUGGUUGGCCCAAAAGGAUCUGGUAAAAGCAGUCUUAUCAAUAAAAUUUCAAGGGUGUUUGAAGAUGACAAAUUUGCACCAGAAAGGGCCCAAGUCUCAUAUAAUUUAUCUGUUGGAGAUGGGACUUACUUCCUCCAGGAAUAUAUGAUUCCCAGAGGUUCAACUUCUUUCUGUUUAUAUGAUACGCGAGGUUUGUCUGAUGUCUCAUCUGAUAACAUGCAAAUGCUAAAGCAUUGGAUUACAAAAGGUGUUCGUCAUGGGGAACUGGCUAUCAGGAAUUCAGAUAGUCCAAGCAUAAGAGCUAGAAUGAAGUGCAAAGCUCGCCAGAGUGGUUACAAUUCCAGUAAGACCAGGCUGGUUAAUUUUGUUAUAUUUGUUGUUAAUGGGCUUUCAGUUCUGAAAUCCAUAGACAGUUGUGACGAUGGUGCAUCACAGUUUUAUAUCCAGACGAUAGCUGAAAUGUUCUGCUGCCCGUAUUUGUCAUUUAGAGAUGACAUGCCUGUUGUUGUUGUUACACAUGGCGAUCUGCUCUCACUUUCUGACCGUGCUCGUGUUCGUGUACAUUUGGGAGAGCAUCUGGGUAUUUCCCCAGGAAAACAAAUUUUUGACAUCCCAGAAAGUUGUGGUAAAGCGACAGAAUUGACAAUCAUUGACAUGUUACGUUAUUCUCUUGAGCAUGCUGAUAGGAAUCUUCCUUGCAAGGGUUGGUUUCUGGACAAGGGUCGUGUAGUACCUCUGAUGGCAUGCAUAUUUCUAUUAAUAAUCCUGUGGCUUUCUGUUGCCUCAACCCACAUUUAUCGUGUCCAUAUGCGUCGUGCCCAUCCAAAAGUUCACACUGAUUUCCCUCCAGAAUUUCACAUCGAUUGGCAUGCAAUCCGACACCUGUGGUAGUACUAGUUGCCUGUCAACCUAAGAUAUGUAUAGAACUAGUUCAGUGGUUACUGUUUGUAAGUUUGUAUAUAUUCAUGUAUUGGUUGUUCUAUAACUGAUGACUUUCAUCUUACUGAAAAAGCAUCGUGUAUGACUGUCUGUAUCCAAACAUGCAAAGUGUCUUUAAGACAAUAUUAUUUAGCCCUUAACUUUGUCUAUAUAAGAAAAGUCUAGUAUUUAUUUUA